AUGCUGCGCGCUAUUGCUGCGCAUGUCAAGCUCUGUUGCAGCAACUACCUGAUGCUCCUAGACAGCCCACGAGAUGAUUGGAAAGACGACGAGCUACCCGACGAGGACAUCAUCAAUUCGAUCCAGAAUGGGCGAUACCAGGCUGAUUGCCUGAAGGUCCUGCGGAGGCUGACUGUUGUGAGCGCCACCUGCUCCAUGUGUCAACGCCCCAUCGUCCAUCAAGAUGGAGAGCAUGCCUCGUACAGUGGUGAGAAUGGAGAUAGCACCAAUGCUGAGCAAGAUGGUCCAGAUGCAGGAUCAAGUGAGGAUGAUGACGCCACGAAUAUGGUACAUGCAAUUGGCAAGGCGCACCUUGACAAGCUGUUCAAAGCAAACAAACACCUCGCUGGAUCUCGGAAUCGCAAUUCAAUAGUCCCUCGUGCCAUUGGAACACACCUUCAACUCGAGCCAGAAUUAUCAUCGGUCGUCCAUGAUACCGAGGACUCUCAACGCACUGUAGCUGCCACAACAUCUCGGAGGCGAGUGAAAAACUGGUAUCUUGGAAGCAACAGACGAUUUCCACGUCCAACCGCACCAAUUCCAUUGGCUGCAUACGGAGGUAGGAGAUGGCUGCCAGACGACCAUGGAUUCGAUGAAUAUGAGGGCGGACCUACCAUUGAGAUGAUGCUGACUCCUAGGGAUAUCCAUACGACGAUGACAUUCCCUGCUGGGGGGAUGCAGAUCUCCACCGCUUGGUUAGACUGGGUCGAUUGCGGCUAUCGCAUCACACCAAGUUCAUUCCACAUUUUCUAUCAAUGCGACCCCACAGCAACCAUGGACCACAUCAUGCCUAUCGGCACAACAGACUCCCAUGAUCCUUCGGACCAAGUUCCUGAUCGUGUGACAGGUGCAUAUAGCCUGAAGCGAUGGGGAACUGAUCACGACGAACAGUGCACAUACAUCACUGAUGUAGAAAUACUCUCCGCAUCUGAGCUCGUCGAAUCCGCCCAAUAUGAUCCCCCACUGCAGGAUGAAUGCAGGUUCGGACACAAUGCCUUUGUGCGGGGCUGCACCAGUCAUCGGUAUGGCGAUGGUCCUGCCUUAUAUGUUGAUCUCGAACGAGAUGCUGUUUCACUCUCAGAAGACGAGAUAGAGAUCUCAGUGGACAUAGACAGCAUCAUAUGGACAACAAAGGUGUUCCGAUGCAAAGGGUCUGUUGGUGUCUACAUCGUUCCGCCUUUCCAAACGAAACCAGGCAUAUACAAGCACAAUCACACCUAUGUAGAGAUCACCAUACCGCAGUCGGAACAGGAUGCAAAUUCACCCGGUGGGAGGACUGAAUGGCUCUCCAAACGAUUUCCUAUGUCUGCCAUCCCUCAUGUCUGUAUGGGCCGCAUAUCAUCAGCAUCAUCGACACUCAAUCUAUACAUCGCGUUCCCAAGGAUGAUUCAUCAGCACCCAACGAACGGUCGGAGAAUCACUCUGAUGCCAAAGGAGGUCUUGGACAUAUUCUGGGAUAGGGUACUGCUUCCAUCGAUUGGACAGUGCACCGACGUCAGCUGGGAGCCCUACCUGAAACACACAUUGGAGGAAGCACGUUACAAGGCCAGAGGUGCGGACGGGAGAAGGGGCGGAUGGGGACCUCCUAAAACCAUCCCCCUCUCAGACGAUGACUUUUGUGACGUGCAGAAACGCAUGGAAGCUCGCAUACGUGAUGGAGGACCUGAGCUCACAU